CUGCACCGUGCCGCACGUCCCCCACCAUUCAGCGCCACCCGGCCCUCCCAGCCCCGCCCCGUCCUUCUCCUCCGCCCUGGCUCUCUCUCCGCGCUAGUAUCAGCCUCGGCGUCCCACAGAGAAGGCAAGACGUGGGCAGGCAGAGAACCAGACCAGGCUUAUCAGGGAUUGCCGGAAGAGGGGAUGCAACCCCUCCCCAGGUCGCACCCACGACGCAGGCAAGGGUCAUGGAGCAUGCGUUGAAUACCCCGGCCGGCGACCGCUCCCACCCCGACGGCUCUCACCCGGCCUGGCGCAGUGCCCCCUCCUUCCGCUGCCCAGCCGCCUCUUCCCGCCCCGCCCCGCCCCAUCCCGCCCACGGGCCCCAGUGGGCGGGACCAGCGGAGUCCGGCGCUGGGGGAGUCUGUCAAGGCCGUGACCCGUGUAAUAUUGUCCUAGUGGCCGAACGGGAGCCAACAUGGCAGCGGGUUUCGGGCGAUGCUGCAGGGUCCUGAGAAGUAUUUCUCGUUUUCAUUGGAGAUCACAGCAUACAAAAGCUGAUCGACAGCGUGAACCAGGAUUAGGAUUUAGUUUUGAGUUCACUGAACAGCAGAAAGAAUUUCAAGCUACUGCUCGUAAAUUUGCCAGAGAGGAAAUCAUCCCAGUGGCUGCAGAAUAUGAUAAAACUGGUGAAUAUCCGGUCCCCCUAAUUAGAAGAGCCUGGGAACUUGGUUUAAUGAAUCCGCACAUUCCAGAGAAUUGUGGAGGUCUUGGACUGGGAACUUUUGAUGCUUGUUUAAUAAGUGAAGAAUUGGCUUAUGGAUGUACAGGGGUUCAGACUGCUAUUGAAGGAAAUUCUUUGGGGCAAAUGCCUAUUAUUAUUGCUGGAAAUGAGCAACAAAAGAAGAAGUAUUUGGGGAGAAUGACUGAGGAGCCGUUGAUGUGUGCUUAUUGUGUAACAGAACCUGGAGCAGGCUCUGAUGUAGCUGGUAUAAAGACCAAAGCAGAAAAGAAAGGAGAUGAGUAUAUUAUUAAUGGUCAGAAGAUGUGGAUAACCAAUGGAGGAAAAGCUAGUUGGUAUUUUUUAUUGGCACGUUCUGAUCCAGAUCCUAAAGCUCCUGCUAAUAAAGCCUUUACUGGAUUCAUUGUAGAAGCAGAUACCCCAGGAAUUCAGAUUGGGAGAAAGGAAUUAAACAUGGGCCAGCGAUGUUCAGAUACUAGAGGAAUUGUCUUCGAAGAUGUGAAAGUGCCUAAAGAAAAUGUUUUAAUUGGUGACGGAGCUGGUUUCAAAAUUGCAAUGGGAGCUUUUGAUAAAACCAGACCUACAGUAUCUUCUGGUGCUGUUGGAUUAGCACAAAGAGCUUUGGAUGAAGCUACCAAGUAUGCCCUGGAAAGGAAAACUUUUGGAAAGUUACUUAUAGAGCACCAAGCGAUAUCAUUUAUGCUGGCUGAAAUGGCAAUGAAAGUUGAACUAGCUAGAAUGAGUUACCAGAGAGCAGCUUGGGAGGUUGAUUCUGGUCGUCGAAAUACCUAUUAUGCUUCUAUUGCAAAGGCAUUUGCUGGAGAUAUUGCAAAUCAGUUAGCUACUGAUGCUGUGCAGAUAUUUGGAGGCAAUGGAUUUAAUACAGAAUAUCCUGUAGAAAAACUAAUGAGGGAUGCCAAGAUCUAUCAGAUUUAUGAAGGUACUUCACAAAUUCAAAGACUUAUUAUAGCCCGUGAACACAUUGGCAAGUAUAAAAGUUAAAAAAAUUACUGUAGAAACAUUGAAUAACUAGAACACAAUCCACUGUUUCAGCUCCAGAAAACAGAAAGGGCUUUAAUGUUUUUUCCAGUGAAAAUAAAAAUAAAUCCUCUUAUAUUAAAUCUAAGCAACUGCUUAUUAUUAGUAGUUUAUACUUUUGCUUAACUCUGUUAUGUCUCUUAAGCAGGUUUGGUUUUUAUUAAAAUGAUGUGUUUUCUUUAAUACUACUUUACUUGAAUUACAUUAACUUAGAAAAGUACAUAUGUUUUGUUAUUUUGAUCUCUUAAGAUUAAUGUCGCAGAAAUUUCUUGGCAUUUUAUUUUUGUAAUGACAGAAAAGUGGGCUUAGAAAGUAUUCAAGAUGUUACAAAAUUUACAUUUAGAAAAUAUUUUAGUAUUUGAAUACUAUCAACUUGUCAGUGACUUUGCAGACUUAAUGAUAUUAUUAAAGUUCUUUUUACUGAAGUUUGGAAAGCAUUUGCUUUCAGUUUGGCACAAACAGUUAAAAUUUUGACAUUCAUAUUCUCCUAAUUUACAGCUACAAGAACUUUCUUGAAAAUCUUAAUUUUGAACCCAUAUUUCACUUACCUUAUUUAAAAUAAAUCAAUGAAGCUUGCCUUAAAUUAUUUUUAUAUGGCUGUUGGUCUCUAGGUAGCCUUUGGUCUAUUGUACACAAUCUCAUUUCAUAUGUUUGCAUUUUGGCAAAGAACUUAAUAAAAUUGUUCAGUGCUUAUUAUCAUA